AAUUAUAUAGCCUCAGUCUUCUCGCUGAUAGUCAUGCUGAUCGGAUCAAUUGUAUUUGGAUACCUGGUCGACUUGUGCCGUCUACCGCCUCUGCUUGGUAUGCUAAUUGCGGGUAUCGUCUUCCGAAACGCCGGAUUUGUGGAUUUGUUUGUGGUGAAACGAUGGGGUAGUUUCUUGCGAAAAGCGGCAUUUGUGGUGAUCUUGUUGAGAGGCGGUCUUGGUUUGGAUGCGAAUGCAUUGCGUAAAUUGAAGGGUGCAUGCGUUUGGCUGGCCGUAAUGCCGUGCACUAUCGAAGCAAUAUUUGUGGCGAUUAGCGCAUACUUUCUUCUUGAUCUUCCAUGGAUAUUCGGACUAUUACUUGGAUUUGUACUAGCUGCAGUCUCACCGGCUGUCAUAGUGCCGGCGAUGUUGCACAUAACAUCCAAAAAUUACGGUGUCGCAUCCGGAGUGCCAACCCUGGUGAUAGCAGCUGCGAGUGUGGAUGAUGUCUAUGCGAUUACCGGAUUCAGCGCACUGCUCUCAGUGGCCUUCUCCAAAGGGAGUGUUCUUCGAACAAUUAUAAGUGCUCCUAUCGAAGUAGUUGCUGGAGGGAUUUUCGGUGUUCUCAUUGGCAACAAACAGUUGGUAUCAAAGAUCAUAUUUGUUUCAACGUUUGGUUUAGGAUUUCUGAUGUGGUACAUACCGGAGAAAAGUUCCAAAAAUGUCCACUUUGCACGUUUGGCCGUACUGGGGCAGCUUGCAUUGCUAGCGUUGUUUGGCUGUGAAACACUUGGUUUCGAUUCAACUGGUCCAAUCGCGAUUCUAGUCGGUGCUUUCGUUGCGGCGACACAGUGGAAAAAAGAAUACAGUAGCGAUGUGGAACAGGUUCUUACUGUAUUCUUAUUAUGCUGA